AUGUUUUCGGCUGCAGUUGAUUUGAGGGAUAUUUCACCGUUUAAAUUGAUGAACGAAACAGAGAAUGUGUUGAUAUUUCCGUAUAGAAACUCUUCGCAUGGGCACUUGAAGUUGUCAACUCGAACUUCAAAGUUGUACAAUGUGUGUGGAACUGACGUUGGGAAAAAACAACGAGAAAUCGACCCAAUAGAAGAUGACGUGUUUGUAUGGAACAACUUUGAAGACAUUCUUAAAGGACGAAUUGAAAUUCCAUUGAGUCGUAUGUAUCUCAAAGAAGAAAUCCGGCGUUUGAGUCGUAAAUGUUUCGAAAAUGACAUCAUUGAAGAGUUGAAAAGCAAAAAUAAACGAGAUUGGGUUGAUUUGUAUGAUUUUAGAGAUCUCCUGAUUGAAUACCCCUUUUUAAAGGGCUUCUAG